UGAACAUUCCCCACAUCAAGAAUUAUUAUUAAAUUUAUCGUUGUUAACAAUCCUCGAAAACGAAAGAUAUUGAAAAUACCACUUUUAACAAUUCUAUAAUUCGAUAACAUUUCGCCCGUCGUUCAUACAUCAGCACCUCAAGAUUUCAUGACAAUUUGUUGACUUUGAUUCCCGAUUUGAGUUUGAGGUUAUGAUAAAUCAUUGGAAGGAGUUUCAAGAUAAAAUUUAAGCAUUAGUAACUAAAAACUACAUUUUUUUUAUAUCGCAAUGAGCGAAACGGACAGUCACUGGGCGCCAAACGAGGAAUACCUCAACGCGAUAAUCGAAAUGGGAAUAUCAGAAAUCGUCGCCAGAGAGGCGCUGUUUUGUACGCAGAACCAAUCGGUAGACGACGCUAUAAAUUUUAUAUUCAAUACGACCCCUGAAAACGGGGUAUUGAAACAAAAAUCUCUUGAGCAAGCUGGUGAUACUGAAGUUGGGGAAAGUUGUGAUGAGGGAAACAUUAAUUAUAGCAAAAUGGUAUUUGUGGUGAACAUGUCUCUGAAAAUGGGCGUGGGAAAAAUUGCGGCCCAAGUAGGACAUGCUUGCUUGGGCUUGUAUAGGCAAUUGCUCGAGCAGGGUUUGGAAGACAAUUUGAAUUGCUGGGAAGAAGUGGGAGAAAAAAAGAUUGUUCUAAAAGGAAACGAUGAAUCUCAUUUAAUUGAGCUUCUAGAAAAAGCCGCUGAGGAGAAGAUUCCUGCCUACUUAGUGAAAGAUGCGGGUCACACACAAAUUGCCCCUGGAUCAGUAACAGUUUUGAGUUUGUUCGGUCAUGAAGAGAAAGUUGAUAAAAUAACAGGCAAACUCGGUUUAUUAUAGCCAACAUUUUCUACAACCAAAUUAAGCCAAUUUGAUUUUAUCUACCUGGUUAUUAGAGUUAAUUUUUUUGACAAUUUUUUUAUCAACUACUUAGCUAAAUA